AUGCUCCUCCCUCGACCCGCCAGGCUGCUGAGGCAGUGUCCGACGCUGCUGCGACCCGCAGUGCAGCGUUGCAUUGCGACCACCCCCGCCCGACAUGCUCAGCUCGACGAGUCGUAUCACCCCUUCACGAACGACAUGUUGAUGGGCUCAUCCCGUCAGCGACCGAACAGAGCUUCGGCAAUACCAGACCGGCAAGAUCAGGACGUGGAGGUGACAGAGGACACAUCAGCGGUCGCCUCUUCCUCUUCCCCUUCGGCCUACGCUCAGAGCGCCGAGAGCGAGUACGACCACGAGGACGGGGGACGGGAAGAAAGGAGAGCACCUGCCACUGUCAUUGGCGCCAAGCGAGUCGGGCUGGUAAUCCUGCCAGAGCAGCUCACUGAGUCAAUUCAGCAGGAGAUCAACGCUGGGGACCCCCAUGAGAUCCGCCGUUCCUUUCUUCAGCUCAACCCAACCACCCGUACUCCGACCCGAGGCAAAGAAGGCGAGCGCUUUCGAGCCACUCCCUCUGCUGCACUCGCCAAGGCUGCUGCAUUCCUACCGGGAGAGUAUGCUGCCGUCCGCAGUAUCUUCACCGAGUUGCGCCGACGCCAGGGGGACGACUGGCUGCCGGAGGGAUCGGUUAUGGAGGUCACAGGGACUGUAGGGGCUGGCUUAUGGGCCCUGGCAGACUCGCAAGAGCUUCUAGAGCCCGUGGUGGUUGGAGAUGGGCGGAGUGUUGGGCGGAAGUACGAAUUCAACCAUGCAAGCCGGAGUGGGCUGGAGCUGGCCGAACGACUAGCGGAGAGCAUGCCAACAGGAGCGCUCGAUGUGACAUAUCAGCGGCAACCGAGCAAAGCUGGAUCUGCCAUUCCCGCUCUGGUCCUCUCGAGCUUCCACCUCUCCACCAUCCCCUCGACUUCGGCUCAGCGAACUCACAUUCAACACCUCCUCUCCCUCUCUUCGCCCUACCUUAUCAUUGUCGACCGCAAUACCGCCGCCGGAUGGGAAGCCAUGUCUUCUGCCCGCGAGUACAUCCUCGGCCUCUCGACCCCCGAAUCACCACUCCAUAUCGUCGCUCCGUGCCCACACGAGGCGGCAUGCCCCAUGCUCGGCGGACGCGAGAGCUGCUCGUUCAGCCAAAGACUGCAACGGCCGACAUUCGUCAGGCGGACAAAGCACGCCAAGAAGGGCGAGGAGGACAUGGGGUACUCGUAUCUCGUCAUUGCUAGGGGUGAGCGGCCGGGUAGGAGCCAAGCGAGCAGUUCGACCGGGCGAGUAGGCGGAGUGGCGCGGGAAGAAGGGAGGCGACUGAGGGAAAAGACGGAGGGGAGGACGGUUCUGCGGGAGGUUGAGGGUGGGGGAUUUGAGAUGGUCUCCCUCGUGGAAAGCAUGGUGGAAGGUGGAGCGAUCGGGAGCGCGGAGGACGCGUUGGAGAUGCCGGAGGAAGAGGUGGAUCUUGAGGGACUACGGACGGAGGCGUACGAGUGGCCGAGGCUCAUCGCUCCUCCGAUCAAGCGGAGCGGGCACGUCAUCAUGGACACUUGCCAUCCUACCGGUCAAUUACAUCGUAUCACAUUCGCCAAGUCUCACUCCAAGCAGGCAUACUACGACGCCCGCAAGUCCUCAUGGGGCGAUCUAUUCCCUCAUCAGCCGAAAGGCAAAGAGGUCGUCCGGGAUCGAGGCGUCCGGCGACUUUCGCCAGCAAACGCGAGUUUGGCGCAGGUGGGCGUCGCGGAGGGGGAAGAACUGGGAGCUGGCGAGAUGGAGGGAUGGCCGACGGCCGCAUUGUCGGAGGAGCAGGCGGAUGUGGGUGAGGGACAAACGCAGGGGGAGACCUCGACAGCUGGCGCGAGCACGAUGAUGUGGGACUUUGGCACCGAGCGGUCCAAGCGGGGAGGAAGGAUUGUUGACAAGUCGACGACUGGGAGGGCAUCGAGGAAGCGGUCUAUACAUACUUCGGCGGUGACGCGGAGUGUGCAUCCGCCACCUCCGCCUCCGGCUGAUGCGCCUGGACCGAGCACUCCAACACCAGUUCCUCGGACCAAAGUCACCAUCAACGAACUAUACCGUCUGCGCUCCUCCUCCACCCCCAUCACCUGCCUGACGGCGUACGACUACCCCACCGCCAUGCUCUCCCAGAAUGCCAAUGUCGACAUGGUGCUCAUCGGCGACUCGCUGGCCCAGGUCGCGCUCGGCCAUACCUCUACCAACGCAAUCACGCUCGACGAGAUGAUCCACCACGCCUCGGCCGUCACGCGGGGCGCCAAGACACCCUUCACAUUCGCCGAUCUCCCGUUUGGCAGCUUUGAAGAAUCGGUCGAGCAGGGCGUGCGGAGCGUUGUGCGCAUGAUCAAGCGGUCUGGGAUCGACGGGAUCAAGAUUGAGGGCGGGAAGGAGAUUAUUCCGCUCGUCAAGAAGCUGAGCGAUAUGGGGAUUGCGGUGAUGCCGCAUAUCGGAUUACAGCCGCAGCGGGCCACAAGCCUAUCGGGGUAUCUCGUCCAGGGCCGGUCUGCCGAGGCCGCUGCGGAGCUGUACGAUACUGCCGCGCAACUCAAGGCGGUGGGUGCAUUUGCGCUUCUCCUCGAGGCGAUCCCGCAUACGCUCGCUCGGCACAUCACCGAGUCGCUUGGAAUCCUCACGAUCGGGAUUGGGGCUGGGCCGGGGACGGACGGGCAGGUACUGGUGAUUACCGAUGUGCUGGGGACGUAUGCUGGUCCAGGGGCAUGGAAGGCCAAGUUUGUGCGCCACUUUGGGGACGCAGGGGCGGUCAGCAGGGGCGCGGUUGAGAGUUUCGUGCAGGAGGUGAGGGGAGGUGGGUUCCCAGAGGUCGGCAAGGAGACUUACGCGAUGAAGAAGGAGGAAUGGAGCAAGUUCCUGGAGAUGACGAAAAAGGGGGAAUGA